UCUACAUCUUAAUAAUCGGUAUUGUAAAAUAAAACAUCCGAUAGCUUUUUCUUACUCAGUAAUUUUUGUAUUAAAGCGUUAUGUUAAAGCAUAAUGGAAAUCAGUACACCAGAUCUCUAGAGCCAUUGUACAAGACCCAGUUAUGUUCCCCAAUUUUUGUUCCGGCUGUAAACGAAAAUGGGGGUUGGCGGGGGGGGGGGGUGCUAAAAAUGGACAGGGGGCUUGAUUCUUGCUCCAAAAAGGAGGGGUAAUUAAUUAGAGUGACGGCUUGUUUGAGAAGAGAGGAGGCUUAAAAGAGAUUUGAGGUAAAAUGUAUUUGACGUGACUGAAUUCUACUGUUAUUGUUGUUGUUGUUGCAGUUGUCCUGGUAAUCGUGGAAAAAUCUUCGCCUUGUUUGUUUCUUGUAUUGCGGCCAUUGUUGUCUUGGUUGUUUCAGUUAUGACGCAGGAGUCACAAGAUUUCCAGCCUGAACCUGUUAUCGAUGAACUAGGAACCUCCCCUUCAAUUAAACCAUCUACUGCAACUAGAGACACCAAAAGAUGGAAUGUCAUCAUUUUAACACAUAUGAGUUCUGGUUCAACAUUUGCUGGGAACAUAUUUAACCUGCAUCCUGAUGUAUUCUAUCUGUAUGAGCCCCUGCACCACUUAAGGAGAGCUGUUUAUGGGAACGAGUGGAAUCCGUUUGAUAACGCAACUAAUGAUGAGUACAAAUCUGAUUUUUCAACUCUGUUUAGGGACGUUUUUGACUGCGGAUUUCGAGAGGACGCUACUUUGGAAAGGGUAAUUCCUCCGUUCGCGAGGAGAUUAAAAAGAUUUACUUAUUGGCGGUUUUCAAGUCCAGAAUUCACCAAAGAGGCAGUAGGUAAUGCUUGCAAAGCUAAGAAAUUAACCGUGGCGAAAGUCAUGCAAACACGACUGCCACGAAAUAUUGGAAUCCAAGAACUCCAGAGGGUCUGCACUGCGGACCCAGCUAGAUUUGACUGUUUGAUUAUACAUCUUGUGAGGGAUCCACGUGCUGUGGUGUCAUCUUUGCUGGGCCGUAAAUUCUUCAUCAUGGGAGGACCAAAGAGAAAACUGCUUACUUCAAGUUCUUUAACCACGGAAGGAAGGGAAUUAGUGAAGCAGCACGCUGAGUUAAUGUGCUCGCAAGUUUCCAACAAUAUAAACUAUGCAAAGGAAAACUGGUUAAACUGGUUUAAAGGCCGAUACAAGGUAAUCCGCUAUGAAGAUAUUGUAGGAAAUGCUCUCAGCACGGCAGACGAGUUGUACAACUUUGUUGGUCUCUCCAUGGUUGAGUCGAUAUAUAAGUGGAUUGUGGAAGGUGAAAAGCCUGUGGGAACCGGAGUAUCAACUUUUAAGGUGUCGGAAAAUGAUGUUAAGAGGAUAGGUCAUUGGAGAUUCGACCGAGACUCCUCGCUAGUUUCCUUGUUUGAGGAGGCCUGUGCGCCACUGAUGAAACUAACCGGGUACAUUUUUGCCAAUGGCUCUGAACAUCUUCAGCACGACCUUAGCGAGCCGCUUCUAACUAAGGAGAUACCGUUCUUAAAAGACCUUCCAUUGUAAACAUGAGGAAAACAGCGAAAUUUAUCUAGGUUAUUCAUGUUAUUUUGACUUUGAAGAUAGGCGUCGUCAAAAGUGUUUACAAAGUUCAGGUUGCAAUUUCCAGCCGUAAAUAUCAAGACAUUACAAAGCGAAUUCUGGUGGCAAAAUUGAAAUUGCUCCACCAUGCAUUUAAGUAUCUGGUAAACUUGUUAAAGGAGCUCAGUCACGGUGUUUUGUCUUU